UAAGAGGAGCUCCUUUGGGUCGUGGACGGUCCGGUUGCCUCCGCCUCCUUCUGUCGGGUCCGCGCUCUCCCGCGGCUGCGCCGGCUCGGCAGCCCGGGAGACAAAGCACCGCCGGGGCCGCCGCCACAACCGAGCGGGUCCCGGGCCAUGGCCCGGCCGCCCCCUGGCUCCACGCCUCUGGUCCCGCCGCUGCUGCCAUCGCCCUAGGCCGUGCCGCGAGGUCUUUGAGCACCAACUACAUGCCAGGCACUGGAAUUCCGACAAAGAAUCUUUGUCCUCCUAGAGCAGGCAAAAAUGACCCAGAUGUGGAAAUGGAGGCCCAGAGGGGCUUAAAGCUCGCCCAGGGUCACAUAAGUCAGACGCUCCAGAGCUGACAUUUGAACCCAAAGAAGAGCAAGUCAAAACCAGAACUGGGCAGAGAGCAGGGAAGAGAGCUGUGGCCUGAGAGGUAGGAGGGAAAUGGGGUCCCGAGCGCGCGCCAUGAAGCUGAACGAGCGCAGCCUGGCCUUCUACGCCACCUGCGACACCCCGGCCGACAACGCGGGCUUCCUGUACAAGAAGGGCGGCCGGCACGCGGCCUACCACCGCCGCUGGUUCGUGCUGCGCGGCAACAUGCUCUUCUACUUCGAGGACGCGGCCAGCCGCGAGCCCGUGGGCGUCAUCAUCCUGGAGGGCUGCACCGUGGAGCUGGUGGAGGCCGCCGAGGAGUUCGCCUUCGCCGUGCGCUUCGCCGGGUCGCGGGCCCGCACCUACGUGCUGGCGGCCGAGAGCCAGGCCGCCAUGGAGGGCUGGGUGAAGGCGCUCUCGCGGGCCAGCUUCGACUACCUGCGGCUGGUGGUGCGUGAGCUGGAGCAGCAGCUGGCGGCCGUGCGCGCGGGCGGCGGCCCACCCCCGGCCCACCGGCCCCGCGCGCUUCCGUCGCUCCCGUCCAAGGAGAACGGCUGUGCCGUCUGGAGCGCCGAGACCCCCGCCGCCUCCGCCCCUGUCAGGGCCAACCCCGGCUCCCGGCCCGGCCCCGAGCCCCCGCCACUGCCGCCCCGCCGGCGGGCCUCGGCGCCCAACGGGCCUCUAGAUUCUGCCUCUUUCGCCCAGCUGCACGAGUGGUACGGACAGGAGGUCAGGGCGCUGAGGAGCCAGUGGCUCAGCAGCCAGGCCCAGCCCUGAGAAGCUGGGGGACCUGGUCAUGAGGGAAAUCGCCAUCGGGGUCAGCCCUGAGCUCCCUGCCGGGUCUGCCUUCAGGAACUCAAGGCGCUAAGAAGAUGCUAGGUUCUGAGGGAUGCUUUGGGACCUCUGUAAUUCAGAGAGAGCCUAGCCUUGAGGAGGCCACCGUGCCCAAUUCUCAGGAGGAUCCAGGCCCUAGGUGAUCCUCAAGCAGCCAGAGAGCUGGUUUUGUGGGAGCUGUAGCCCCAAACCCAGCCCAGCAGGUGCCUUGGUCGCCUGUCCUGAAUCACCGAGCAGAGGUUUGUUGCUGGCGACAGGCCUUGGCAGGGGCAGCUGGGACCUGCGAUUCUCUAUGGGCUGGAAGGCACAUGAGCAGUCAGCACUGCUCCAGACUGGGCCCCACGUGGUCAGGAGGCUGGGCUGUGCUACACCACACCUGCGCCUGACCUCCUUUUCCUCCAAGGCCUGCUGGAGGAGCUGCCUGGCUCCCAGCCACCUUCCUGCCUCCAUAAGCAGCAGGUGCAGAAAGGCAGCACCAGUGUGGGUUUUCAUGUAUGACCCGCACCGGGCUUCUGGCCUGGAGUGAGGCCCAAGCAGGACUAUUCCUGGAGCCUCAGCCAGGCCUUGGGGUGAUGCCCCAGGGCAGUAGACCCUCUGGCCUUGGGCCAUGUCUGUGUGCCUGUGGCAGCUCUCACGCUCUCCCAACACUCCUUAACCACAUCCUCUGUCUUCUCCCAGAGCCAGCUCUCCAACCCCUGACUUGGGGUGGUGCCUCACAGGAGCCCGCCUGACCUUGUCCAGUCCUGGACCAGGCAGCUGUGGCCUGAGCUGACUUCCCAGCAGGUGCUUCUGGCAGGGAGGGGCCAUGAGCUGACUCACAGCCCGGAAAGGGUCCAGAUGCCAAUCUGAUAGGGGCAAAGCAGCAGCUGCCAAACCAUGUCUGGCUUCCAGAACCCUCUCCCACCAUCACAGCCUGUCUCUGUGCUCCACUCAGCCCCACUCACCCAACAGUAUUCUGAGGGAGACCAGGUCUUGCUUUGCCUCGCGCCCACUUCUGGUUUUACUGUUAUUCACUCACCACAAUGGCCAUUCUUUAUCCAGGGAGAAUCUCCGGGGGCUGGGACACCCCUGGCCCUCAAGCUGGGUCAUAUUUACAGUCCUCAGCGCCUCAAAGUCAGGACCCCCUGAGGACACCUCCGCCCUAAUCUUUAUUUCCCCAGAGGCUCCCUCUUGGUGACACUGACUCGGCCCUUGGCCCCUUUCCUCUGCCUUUGGAGACCUUGGGGCUUGGAAAAGAAUGGGUGCUGUCUGUGUGUCUGCAAUCAGCAGCUCACUGCUGGCUCAGCUGACUGGAGUUUCAGUUUUAAUUUACUUUUUAAUACUUCAGGGUGUCUUUUUCUCUCCUAGCAACAAAGUUUGGUAUUUUCACUGUUUUUGUUUCUUGUUGGCUGGUGAAGGGAUAGGGUGCCCUGGUUCUGGGCUUGGCUAGUGGCGGUAGGGGGUAGUUGGCACUGCCCCGGGGGGAGGGGUGGGCAAGGAGCCUUGGCUGAGGACAAAGGAACCUCAAGAAUCUCACCUGGCUCUUUGCCUUCUCCCUGGCGAGCCCUGCUCACCUGCAGGUGCCUCUGGGGGUCUUGGUACGCUUCCCAUCCCCUCUUCCCCAAGUCCUGAGUGGUGGGUGGGGUUGGCAGCUCUAGUCUAUAGGCUCUGGGGUCUCAGGGGGUGUUAGGAACUGUUAGGUGCCCAUGUCCUGGCCAGACCCAGCUGGUGUGGUGAGGCGUUGGCCCCAGUCCUGGAGUAGGUUUACAAGCUCUAAAGGUACAAUCUCCCCACCACCACCCCCAAAGCCCAACAUGGGGUCAGGCUGCCUCCAGAGUUGGGCAGGGGAGAGAUAUCAGGCAUCCUGGGAGAGGGAAAUAGAGGCUAAAAUGAAAUAAAAAGUUU